UGCAAAUCGGCUGCAAAUUUUUAAAAAUAAUGCCCGUUUUGGAAAACAUUGAAGCCAUGACAGUAAACACACCACCUGCGCCUCCAACGGAAGCAGACGACCCACAACAGGCCCAACCAGCUCGUGAAAUAAGCCAAACGGAUCAUUUGAAUAAACGCCUGCUGAAAUCACUGUUGGAUUCCAUGAAAAUGGCAACUGAAGCCCAAGAACAAGAUAAGCCAAGUAAAACCGAGUCUGGCGACAGCGACUUUGACGAUUAGUGCUUUUAUAUUUACAUUAUAAAUCAAAGUUUUGGUCAUGUGGUUUACUUUCUACUAAUAAAAACUAAUUGUUAUUAACUUGA